ACACAAAAAAAAAAAAGAAAAAAAAAGAGCUCUCAGAAAUUUCAGAGAAAAUGGAGAGUGAAGCAAAAAGCAAUCAAUCUCUUGGUGCGGCAGGAAUUGGGAAGGCAUAUUGCAAAUGUGGGGAAGGUUGGAAAUGUGAGAUCAAAAUGACACAAGGCCCUGAUGCUGGCAAGACCUUUGUUAAUUGUGGCAACAACUGCAUCUGUAUAAUAGAAGGGACAGCUGAAGGGGAAGUCAAGUUGCAGCAAUUGGCAGAGGAGAGCAAUUUGGAAGGGGCAACUUGUGAGUGUGGUGAAGGAUGGAGCUGCACCAUCUCCAAGAUUGAAGCCACCAAGUCCUUUGCCAAGUGUGCUGGAGAUUGUUCCUGCAUCACUAUUGCUUGAUUUAUGAUUUACGAUCACGUCGAUAACUAUUUCGUUUUUAGUUUUCUACAAGUUUUAAAACAAAAAAUAAGUUGAGAAAACUUUUUUUUAUUUUAAAAUUUGACUUAGAUUUUAAAAACGUUUUUAAAAUGUACUUGAUCUCUGUAUUUUCAAAAUAAUGUCUGAGUUUGGUUUGUGUUCUGUCAUUGUA